UUUACCAAAACCUGAUCCUUAUUCUCUUAGUAACGAAGAUGAAGAAAAUCGUGAUCAUGUAUCUUUGUACUCAGGACCAAUGUUCAGAACGACUAUUCUUGAUUUGCAGCAAUUAAGUUUUCCGCAAUUGCAACCUUCUACUCAACAGGAGAAUCGAGUUAUAUCGAUACCAACGGAUGGCAAUUAUCACUUGGAACCUAUUUAUAAAGAUCAAGUAAAUGAUUCUAAUGAAAUGAAUAAUGAAAGAUUUUCACCAACAGCAUCAAGUGAACAAUUAUUCCCCGAGUUGCCCUCGUUCUUAGAACCUCGUUUUAUGACAACUUGUUGCAAUGAAUUAUGUAGCAAUAAUGAGACAUAUGGAGAUGAGAAUUCAUCAUUACCUAAUCGUAAUGUCAUUAUGUCUUAUUCUUGGAAUAUCGUUGGUAAUCAUUGCAACAAUUCAUUGGGUUCAAUCCAACCUUUUUCACAGCCAACCAUUCCUUAUUAUUGUUGGGGAGAUCAGGUCGUUUUUUCACCCAUCCAUUUAACAGCUGCAAAUUAUUACCUUGAACAAGCGCCUGCUCGCAAAUGUGUAUUGAAUAACGGCAUGCCCGAGAACUCUUUAAACGAAACUAGCAAUUCAUAUCAUUUUAUAAGUAAAGAAACAAAGGCGUUUGUUGAAAAUCAAGGAACUAGUCUUACACCUAACCUAUCAUUUUUAACAAUUGGAUCUGUUGGAUCAAAUAUUAAUGAAUAUGACAUAUACCAAAAGUUUGUUGCACAUCAAAUUCAACCGAAAAUUGAUAUGAAUGAUACUGUUCCAGAAACUCCAGGACCUCCGGUCGAUCCUAGUGAUACAAGACUAGAUGCAAAACCUCGAAAUCAAAAGCUUAAAUAUCCAGGUGACAUGUAUACUCCCCAAUGGGUGAGAUAUUCAGGUCACAUUAAAGAAGGAUAUUGCGAUAAUUGCAAACCGGGUAAAUGGUUACAAUUGAAAAAUAGCGCUUAUUGGUACCAUAAACAAUUCUUUCACGGUAUUUCUUCUGUUUCCGGCAAAAUGUUUGUUCCGCCAGUUGAAACGCGAAAAUCUGAUGCUGGUGAUUGUACCGAAGGAUUGUGCCAUCAAUGCCGUCAGUGGGUUACUAUCUCUACUACAAAGAAAAAGAAUUCUUUUCUUUGGUUUCGUCAUGCGCAUAAAUGUCAUGUUUAUAUUAAACCCAAAAGCUAUGUACACAAUAAAAGACGUUAAAAGUAACAUUUUAUCAAUUGAUAAAAAUUGGUUUGAACAGGACGACUGAAAAAAGAAAAUCGGUGUAUUGCAAGUAAUGUAUUAUUAUGCUUUAUUUUAA